AUGCGUUGGAAUCUUCUCCUUCCUCUUGCAGCAGCGGCGACGCUUGUCGCUGGCAAAGUAUCAACGAAUGCGCGAUGCGGAAACGCUUACAAUGCCUUGCCCGGUGGUAUGAGCUGUACAGGCUCGCAAUGGGGUAACUGUUGCUCUCAAUAUGGUUACUGUGGCAAGACGAAGGAUUAUUGCGGAACUGGUUGUCAGUCAUCGUUUGGAACCUGCAACGGCGUUGUUACAUCCACACGCAUUUCGACAACAUCAAGCCGCAGCAUCGCCUCAUCUACCAGAGUAGUCUCGUCAGUGGCACCGUCUUCUACUGCAGUAAAGGUCAAGGUCACGACGAAUGCUCGCUGCGGAAACCUGUACGGCGCAUUACCAGCAGGAAUGACAUGUUCCGGUGGCAAAUACGGUGACUGCUGCUCUCAGUACUCAUACUGUGGAAGCUCAAGCGCUUACUGCGGGACGGGUUGUCAGCCUGGGUUUGGAAAAUGCGAUGCCGUUUCUUCGAGCUCUGCUAUCAGCUCUUCGACUCUCGACUCCUCCAGCUCUCUCAGCAGCUCCAGCUCUAGUAGCGCUUCUUCCUCUAGUCUGGUUCUAAUCUCCAGCUCUUCGACCAGUGAGUCGACUACCAGCACCUCAUCUAGCGAGUCGUUGUCUAGUGAGUCCUCAACGUCAACUCCCAUCCCGGUCACCUCCAGCACGUCCUCCGAAACCACCAUCACUUCGACCUCUACCACCGCGACCCCGUCGCCAACUGCCGAUGGAUUCUGUGGUGUUGAAGGAUACAAUGUUGUCGGUUUCCCAGUGAUGGCUACCAAGCCUUUCACGAGCUUAGAUGCAUGCUUAGCAGACUGUAAGGCAGAGAGCGGAUGUGAGAGUUUCGUCGUCAUCUCAACCUCGUGCCACCUCACCAGGAUACCGAUAACUAGCACCAACGUUAUUCCUCGACCAGGUAGCGGCGUAAAGUUCUACAACCGUGAUUGCGUAGCCGACCCCUUGGCAGCCACCACCCCACUCGCCACACUAGCAACAUCUACCGUGCCUACCUCGACCAGCAUUACCAGCACAUCUACAUCUACCGUCUGCACCCCCGCAGCGCCAACGGUAUCCUGUGUCGCAUACCCCAACUGUCCAAAAUUCACCGCAGGUCUCGCAAACAGCUGCCCUUCCUACGGCGCGCAAUGCCAAGACAACUACUUUGUCCGCUGCGAAAAUACACCAGCUCCAGGCUCCCAAACUAUCCUUGAACUUCCCAAUAUCUCAGUCGACGAGUGCCGUCAAAGAUGCGACGGAAUCGAUAAUUGCGCGGCCUUUUCAUACAAAGCUUCCACGUGCUAUUUGUGGAAGUCUAUCAAUGGGUUUAAUUCAGACUCGGCGACUGUAUAUAUUAGGAUUUGUCCGGCUACUACUUGCUCUAGUGCACCGGUUCGCCGGGGAGAAGAGAGGAUUAGCGCUUUACAACGGUGGCGGAAACCCACUUAG